GCAUCUCUUCAUUCAAACCAAUUCACAAACUACCUUCAAUCAUAUUCUCUCGUCAACUCCUAGCUCAAUUUGUUUUGAUUCAACUUCAUCUGGGUUUUUUUUUUUUUGGUCUGAACAUUUAUCUUGUUUCGAUGGAAGAAAUCGAUGUUCCUCCGUUCUUCCUCUGCCCUAUUUCUCUUGAGAUCAUGAAGGAUCCUGUGACGGUGUCCACGGGGAUCACUUACGACAGGGAAAGCAUAGAGAAAUGGUUGUAUUCCGGCAAGAACACUACUUGUCCGGUGACAAAACAGGUUAUUGCGGAUAGUGAGCUUACUCCGAACCAUACACUCCGGCGAUUGAUCCAGUCCUGGUGCGUGCUUAAUGCCUCGCAUGGAUUCGAAAGGAUCCCUACUCCGAGGCCACCUAUCAACAAAGCUCAGAUCGCUAAGCUCCUCACCGAUGCCAAGUCUCCACAGCAGCAGAGAAGUUGUCUCCGUAGACUACAAUCAAUAGCCGCGGAAAAUGCAACAAACAAAAGGUGUAUUGAAGCAGCAGGCGCAGUUGAGUUCUUGGCCGCAAUUGUAAUCAAUUCCAAUUCCAUGGAAGAAUCAUCUGAAGAUGGAGUUGACUCCACUCGACCAACAGACGAGGCCUUAAGCAUCCUCUACAAUCUCCAACUAUCAGAAUCCGGUCUAAAGAUUCUUCUUGGAAAAAAUAGUGAUUUUGUUGAGUGCUUAACCCGAGUUAUGCAACGUGGGACAUAUGAGUCCCGAGCAUACGGGGCUUUAUUGUUAAAAUCACUGAUGGAAGUAGCAGAUUCGAUGCAACUUAUUGGAUUGAAACCUCAGCUCUUCAUUGAAGCGAUCCAAAUCUUGCAAGAUCAGAUAUCCUACCAGGCGUCAAAAGCUAUGCUGCAGCUCCUGAUAAAUGUUUGUCCAUGGGGGGGAAACAGGGUGAAAGCAGUUGAAGCAGGAGGAGUACCAGUCUUGAUAGAUCUCCUUCUCGAUUCUACAGAGAAUAGAGCAUGUGAGAUGAUACUGACAGUGCUGGAGAUGAUGUGUGGUUGUGCCGAAGGGAGGGCGAAGCUAUUGGGGCAUGCCGCAGGGCUUGCAGUUGUUUCGAAGAAAAUUCUUAGGGUUUCCCAGGUGGCAAGUGAGAGAGCAGUGAGGAUUCUGCUAGUGGUGUCGAAGUUCUGCGCUACACCCAGCGUUCUUCAGGAGAUGCUGCAGUUAGGUGUGGUGUCAAAGCUGUGCUUGGUGCUUCAAGUGGAUUGCAGCAGCAAAAUAAAAGAGAGGGCCAGAGAGGUUCUUAAGUUGCACGCUCGAGCAUGGAAGAAUUCUCCCUGCAUACCUACGAAUUUGCUCUCUUCAUAUCCAGCUUGAGAAAAGAUGAAGGAGACAGAGAAAUUGAUUCGUUACUUGGGAAUUUCUUAGAAUAGCCAUUUUUUGUUUGGUGUACAUAAUUAGUGUAAAAUUAGGUUAGAUAGGAGACAAAUAUGUACAUGGGUGAAAAUCUGGCCACAAAUAUAGUUAAUUGCAGAUGAGAUUUAAUUCCAUUUGGGGAAAUUGAUCAAUUAAUUUCUUACAAAAUUUAGUUCUCGUCAGUCAGUUUGCCAAAUCGUUAGGUUACGCUUGACUCUGCUCUCCAAAUUGCCUGAAUUAGUAAAGUCCUUUUCUAAAA